AUAAAGCUCACCUUGCGGCUGCGGCCUCCUUCGUUCACGGUUUCUGUGCGGAGAAACGGGGCCGAGAUAAUGGGUCUGGAGAGGAAAUACUACGGAAGCCGGUGACGCCGAUGCCAUGGCUGCGGCUUCGGCAGAGAAUGCAUAUGAAGAUGCAGAAGAUAAGUGAUCUAAUUUAUCAAAUUCUGUCUGUAGGACAGUUGUACCUUUGCGUUAAAAAAAUGACACUGACUGCUCUCACACAGUGUGUCUGAAACCCAAUGAGUAAUAACGAAAAUGUUUAAUUUAAGUCGUAUAUACUGGAUAUGAGCACCGACGGUGUGUUGUACACCCGUAUAAAUUUACAUACGUGCAACGUGUCAGUUUCUCUUUGAAGCUAUUGCCUGAACUGAUUUGUGACCUCCGUAGUGUUGGCGAGAAUUUAAAUUUGCGUUUCGUCUAUCGACUCGUGCUGUUUGUCCUUCCUGGGGUUCCGUGCUGUUGUCAAAAGGAAGUUCAGACACGUGUGUGUGCAGCAGGGCUAGCCUGUGUUAACACUUCUGUUAUAUCAGUACUAGGUAUAGAAUAACGUACAUUGAGGUAUAGCAAAUAUCAACAAACAUUUCGUUACGUGUUGGGUUUUUUUUUUUUUUUUUUUUCCCCCCCCUUCCUCGAAAGUCUUCCCGUUGUUCUUCUGCACCCGUUAGGAAGAGCGCAGAUCGUGAAGCGGGUGGGCGCGGUCCCCCGCGCGAGCAUCCUCGUCGCUCGCUGACACCGGCAGGCAGUGACGUCAUAGUGACGUUGAUAUUUUGUUUGUACUCGUAAGCAUGGCGGAGGCGAGCCGCGAGGAGGAGCUGCGACCCGUGCCGAAGGAGAGGGCUAUCCUGGAGAGCUUCUUCACCCAGCUCGGCGUGUUCUCCUUCGACAGGGCCAAGGACUACGUGGAGAAGGAGAAGGACGGCAGCAGGAGUGCCGGGGCCAUCUGGGCCUCGUUCCUGGGGGCGCUGGCGCACCUGGCCGCCGCGGAGAAAGCCUACCACAACAUGACCUUCCUCGGCCAGAAGAUAGGUGGGCAGUCCUUCUUCAGCCGGAAGGACUCGAUCAGGACCAUCUACACAUCCCUGUACAACGAGCUGAAGAAGGUGGUGACCACGGGGCGCAAUGUGGCCGGAGGAACGGCGCCCUGCCUCGAGGACCUGCUGUCUCACCUUUCGGAACAGCUGUGCUUCUUCACCCAGGCCCGCAUGGAGAUCGCGGACUUCUACGAGAAGAUGUACUCGCUGAGCAACCACAAGUCCAUCAACUCUGAAGAGCUGGUGCACCUCCUGGAGCCGGUGAUUCAGAAGUACAGCUCUAAGUUUCACCACCCGAUUCUCAGCCGUCUGGAGAGCAGCUUCCAGGUGGAGGUGGAGGUGCUGACCCAGUUGCUCAGGUGUCAGGCAGAGAUCUCGGAGUGGAAGUUCCUACCUUCGCUGCUCAACCUGCACGGUGCCCACUCGAAGCUGCACACCUGGGGCCAGGUUUUCGAGCGGCAACGCGAGACGCGGAAGCACCUGUUUGGCGGUCAGGUGCAGAAGGCCGUUCAGCCCCCUCAUCUCUACGUGUGGCUGCUCCGUCUGCACCAAACCCUGCUGGCCAAGUUCAGCUUCUAUUUCCACGAGGCCCUCAGCCGUCAGACGGUGCUGUCUGAGAUGAAGGCGCUCACUGCCAAGACUUCACCUGAUUAUUUUGGUAAGAUCUCUGCCUUCAUCCGCAAGUGUGACGCCGUCAACGUCUCCCUCAUCUUCGACAACCGUGGCUCGGACAGCUUCCAGGGCCACGGCUACCACCACCCUGACUCGUACCGGGAGGCCCCCAAAGGCGUGGACCAGUUCCCGGCCGUGGUCUCGCUGCCGGGAGACCGGCCCGUCACGCACUGGCCCAGCGUGAUCAUGAUCAUGAGUGACCGCGCUGCUGAGUUGAACACGCUGGACAAGGUGGUGCAUUUCUACGACGAUAAGGUCCAGAGCACCUACUUCCUGACCCGGCCGGAGCCCCACUUCACCAUCAUUGUCAUUUUCGACUCCAAGAAGUCAGAGAAAGACUCGCACAUUGUCUCCUUCCUCCAGGAGCUCUCUGGCUCGCUGAGGAACUCUAAACCCUUCACCUCGCUCAAGCCGGGCUCCAAGGGCUGAGCUUUGACCCCUCUUCGGCCUUGUUUACGUUGAGCGUUUUGCACCGUAACUUGGGCUGCAGUCGGCGGUUACCACCCGUGUGAGGUCUCUGCUUGUAAAGACGCCUCCAAAGAGGCAAGAUGGCUGUAAUGUUGCUUAAGAACUUGGAAACAUUCCUUGUUGCCAACUUUGAGUGUUGAACAGGGCAAUUACAUUUACAAGCUGUGAGUUUCUCAGGAGAAAUGGGUAACUGUCGCAUCUGUCUAGUUGAACAAAUUUAGCGUUCACUGAGAUUCAGAAUUUUUACUUGAGCCUUAAUGGUUAAAAACUAUAAUUGGCAAACCCUUGUCUAGUUGACUUGAGGGUUAAAGGGGUUGGGGAUGUCCUGCAUUUGUCCCCUUAUGAAUCAGGAUUUGGUUGUUUUGUUGUCAGACUAAUAAAGCAGUGAAAAUCCUAUUGAGUUACCCGUUUAGUAUUUAACUGUUCUCACACGCAGUCUGAAACUGCUUGUCCCAAGUGGGGUCGCGGCAAGCCGGGGCCUAACUUGCCGG